UAACCACCAGCUUCUCCAACUAAGCAGGAAGGAAACAAGGAGCCAAGUGAGAGGAAAUAUUAAUCAGAUGCAAUAUAAACAGGGGGAGACGUAAGUCCCCACCCAGUUGAACCCAAAGGCUGAGCCGCGAACUAACCAAGGCAGCUGAUAACAUGAUGGAGAAGAAUGCAUACGCCAUGGCCACUUUGGGGCUAGACUCCAAGGGUGGCCUUCAACCAAAGCGGGAUUGUGGCUUCUACAUGAAAUAUUUCUUCCUCUUCCUCUCCCUCAUCCAGUUCCUUAUCAUUUUGGGAUUGGUACUUUUCAUGAUCUACAGCAACCCGCUGGAAGUCACCGAGAAGCACCUCAAGGGCUUGACAAACCAGCUGCAGGAGAGCGACAAGAAGAUCAAAGCCCUCAGCGAAGAGAUUGGCAAACUCAAGCGCCAGCUGAAUGCCACGGAGAAGGAGGCGCGUCUGGUCCAGACCCAAAUGCUCAGGUUGAACGCCACCUUGAGGUUUUGCAACAGUGAAAAGACAAAGCUGAAGGAACAACAGGCGAGCAAUACAGCAGCUCUCCUAGCAACAAAUGACAUUACAUUCCAAUUGCAUUAUUUGAAUUUUUCCUGCGUUGCACAAGUGACGCUGCUGGAGAAGCAGCUGGUGGCCUUGGAGCUGAACAGCCAGAGGGAGCGAGAAAAAUUAAACCAGGAAAGUAAGUCUUGGCAAGGCAAAGCCGAAAAUGAAGAGAAAGAGAAGAACGAAUGCCAGCUAGAAAAACUCGAGCUGCAGACGCGGGAACAGAAGCAACAGGAACUGAAGUCCACCGUGGUCCAAGAGUUCGAUCCUGUCCUUAAGAACAUUAAGGAUUCCGCGGAUCAGUUUUUUACUUCCUAUGAGUUCCGUGGCUGUUACCGCAAUGAGAUUGAACCCGCGUUCCGCUCCAUGUUCAGAAAUAUGCAGAGCCAGCUUGAUACGGUGGCGAUACAAUUUGACCAGAAGGCCAACGAGGUGACUCGAGAGAAUGCCUUGUUGCAAAGCCAGAAGGCUGCUUGUAAGCAACACCUGCAGGAUCGGGACCAACAGAUGAGCCGCCACAAGGAGCAGUUUGAGUGGGAGAAGCAGAUCAUCCAAGAAUCCCAAGAAAACCAGAUUCGGAAAAUAAGGGCCGAGUGCAGCAAGAUGAUUGACGAGAACGAAAGCUUGAAGCUGCAGGUCCAGCAAACCAAACAGGCCUGCAUCGGCCUGAGGACAUCAGCUCCGGGCAACACGGCUUUGAGGAACCCGUUAAGUCUGGGCCCACCUAAUCCCUUUGGCUCCUUUCCGAGAAGUGUGGGGAACACAGGAAGUCUCGUGAAUCCUGCAGCAAGCUCUAAUGUCUUCAGCAAUCCAUGGGGGAGGCCAAGUUCACCCGCUCAGCCGAGUUCUGGAUCUCAGCGAAAUCUAAGCACCGCUGAACAAAACAAAAUCAAGGAGAUCUUGAAGGCUGCUGCACAGAGCGGAAAGUUGUCAAACUUAGUACCAGUAAAUCCAGUGGGACAGUCCAAGAGCUAAAGGAAACAUUGACAAAGACAACUAAGAAUUCAAAACAGCUCCUAAGCAUAAGACUGAAAUGUUGCGUGGGGACAGGAAAACAUUCACCUCUGUGGAAAAAGACUUCAAGCAGUAAUUGAAGAGGGAAGGCCUGGAAGAGCUUUGGGGCCAGUGAAGUGGAUCUCAAGUUGGGAUCCUACCCUCUUCUAUAACAUAACUGACAUUUAAUUCUAGCUCUGUCUUGUACAUUGAUGUCUUUUACAUUGGCUUCCUUCAGUAUCUUUGGAUUCAUUCGAAUAUCUUACUCCUUCGUCGGGUUGAGGGUCCAUUGCAGUGGUGGGUUGCCAAUUUUUUUACUACUGGUUCAGGUGCGCCCAUGCUUGUGAUGCUUCUGCACAUGU